GCCAACUAGCCAAGUUGUGCGACUGGUGCAGCCAUUCAUCGAUUCAGCUAAACAAAGUUCGAUCGAGGUCCAGUCAACCGGAGUAUCGCCCAAGGGAUAAAUGGCGGGUCAUAAUUACCUGAGCGACCCGAGAAAUCCCUUCUUCUCGUUAGAGGACGACGUGGACGACGAGACAUUUCUGAGGAGCGCGCCAGCCAGGACUGCACCCGCGGGGCGUUAUCAGAAUCUCGACAAUGACAUUACGCAAACACGCCAGCAGUUGCUGCAACGUAAGAAGGAGAUUGAGGAACGCACGGUACAAUCCUCGGAAAGGUCCGUUUCGCUUCUCCGAGAUUCCGAACAAAUUGGUGUAGCUACAGCCGAGGAGCUAAUCAGACAAAAGGAACAGCUGCAGAGGACGGAGAAAAGAUUAGAUGAUAUCAACAGUACAUUAAGAUUUAGUCAGAAACAUAUUCAAGGCAUAAAGAGUGUAUUUGGUAGUCUCAAGAAUUAUCUCAGUGGCAAAUCGUUGGAUGCUCCGAUACCAUCUACUAAACUCUCAGAGUCUUCCAGUUCUGGAUCUAUGACGUCUCCUGCAUUGUCCAAUACUCUGGAACAAGUACAAAACGACAUGAGUAAUUCGUACUCGUCGACAAUGAUAAGAGCAAGUUACGACGACCAUGAUCUGGAGGAUGUUAAACCGGCUGGCGACAGGGUAACCAAGGUUCUCGAACAAAAUCUAAGUGAGAUGAGUGGAUCAUUGGCAAGACUGAAACAUCUAGCGAUCGGUUUGUCCGAAGAAAUUGAUUCGCAGAACGAUCUCAUCGAUAAUAUCACUGAUAAAACAGAGAAAACAGACAUCAUGUUGCAGCAACAAAAUAAAGAUAUGUUACAUCUAUUGAAGAAAUAAGGUUAUAUCGGAAGCUUCUUGCUUGUACUAUUAUGAUAUUAAAUAUACUUCUAUGAAGUAUAUAUACAUAUUGCACGACAGAUCUUUCACGUUAAUUUCUAUUGUUAAAUCUGGUGUGAUAUCAAUUAUGUUGCGCGAAUGUCUUUUAUAGAGAGUUUUUCACAAGGCGAGAUUGCGAACAAGUUUAUUGUUAGAAUCCGUCGUCUUUAAUAAAGAAGCACUUCUUAUAUGUAUAAUUGUUUAUACCGUACAACUAAAUGCCUCAUCUUUACGUGCGAAUGUUAAACUAAAAAAGAUUUUCGUUAUUUCUCAACAUCUUUUGUAGCCUUUUAAGAUGGAAACUGUGAUAAGUAUAUAUGUAUAUCCAUGUGUAACAAUUGUCCUAAGUUGAUCUUGAUUUAUUAUCGGUUUGAAAACACAAUUUAUCUAAGAAAUAAAAACUUGUAAACGUCAA